AUGAGAACGCCCUCCCCUCGAUGGACUUUUUGCCAAUAUGUGUCGAGAGGGGGACGCCGGGUCAACCAAGGCAACCAGAUUAACAAGCGUCUGUCCGAAUACUCCACGAUUGAGGUUACGUCUCUGCUCUCGGGUUUUGAAAACCACAUCAACGCAAAUCCACGCGGCCACAACCCUGACCGGUGGAUAAAUGCGGUGUCUUCUUGCAUAGAGCAGGGAAACGUUUCAGCAGCCGUCAGACUUGUCUGCUCGCCCGAGGGCCUGGCAGAACACACGCCUGAAACCUUAGAAAAACUACGCUACAUCAACCCAUCGUUGUUGGGCAGAUUUGAUGAUGUUUUGCGUACCGCCUUGUCAGCCAUUUGCAAUGAACCAUCUGGCAUUUCAGUGCAAGAUGGCAAGCGACCAGACGGUUGUACUCUUACUCCCUGGAGAGCCGGUAAAUGUUUGGCUUGGGAUGUUACGGUUCCUGGUACCUUGGCCGAGCGCUACGUUCACCUUACCAGCAAAGAAUGUGGUUUGGCUACAAUCAGGGCAUCGGACAAAAAAAUUAAAAAAUAUGAACACGCCCUGCCUUCCUUAGAUUUUUGCCAAUAUGUAUCGAGGUCCUUGGACCCAUAG